AUGUCGGAUUUAUGUCUGAAACCUUCGAACUCAAUCAUUAACUCAAUUUCGACAUUUGGCCACAAGAAAAGUAUCAGUAGAAAAAUAUUGGUUCUGGGGGAUGAAUCAAUUGGAAAAACAUCUUUAUUGCACGUUUAUGCAAGGGAUCAUUUCCCGCAAGUCUUUGAGCCUACUGUCGUCGAAAAUCACACGAUAGAUGUCUUGGUGGGCGACCAAAUCGUUGAAUUAUCUCUUUGGGAUAAUGUUAACUUUUCAAGACAAGAUGAAGUUGGAAAAGCAGGGCCUUCAUCUUAUGCAAACGCCCAUGUGAUACUGCUAUGUUUUUCCGUGGACAAACCGACUUCGCUGAUGAAUACCGAAAAUAAGUGGUUGGAUCAAAUCAUUGAACAAUGUCCGGGGGUUAAGAUAUGUUUGGCAGCUUUGAAGUGCGAUUUGAGAGAUGACCCUGAAACAAGAGCUCACUUGGCAAAAUACAGUCAAAGACCGAUCGAUUAUGAACAAGGUCUCGCAACAGCACGGAGAAUUAGAGCAUCUCGAUACUUGGAAUGCUCCGCUAGACAAAAUCGUGGUGUCUCUGAAGCAUUUCUCGAAGUUGCUAAAGUUUCAAUCAGCUCGAAGUCUAAUUCAGUUUACAAUCUGAUCAGACCCGACAAUCGGUAUCUUAAAAGGGGGAAGAGUUCCACUCGUUCUUGUCUGAUUACUUAA